GCAUGGAGCGCCCACCGCUGCGGGUGUGCCCGCAGACGAGCCCAGCACCUCCCGCCCGGGCUUAACCCGUUGGGCUCCUUUCAUUCCGAGUCCUGGGCCCCUCCCAAUCUAGCUUCUUGACAAGCCAGCAGGCGGCAAGGGGCGGCACCGCUCUGAGGUCCCGAGGACGUCACUGACGCGCGGUCGAGCCUCCAGCCCGCCCCCCGGCUCGCCUUCCCUUCUCUCCUUAGCCGGUGACGCCGCCACGGGCCCGGGCAACCAGCACUUGCACGCACUCCCGCGCGCGCCACCUCGCCACCUCCUCCCGCACCCGGGUUCGAAGAUGGCGGCUCUCAAACUCCUGUCGUCCGGCCUUCGGCUCUGCGCCUCCGCCCGCAGCUCGCGGGGCGCCCUGCAUAAGGGGUGUGUCUGCUACUUUUCUGUCAGUACUCGUCACCACACCAAAUUUUACACAGAUCCUGUGGAAGCUGUUAAAGAUAUUCCUAAUGGCGCAACAUUGCUGGUUGGUGGUUUUGGACUGUGUGGUAUUCCAGAGAAUCUUAUAGGAGCUUUACUGAAGACUGGAGUGAAAGAUCUAACUGCAGUCAGCAACAAUGCAGGGGUUGACAACUUUGGCCUGGGCCUUUUACUUCGAUCCAAGCAGAUAAAACGCAUGAUCUCCUCAUAUGUGGGAGAAAAUGCAGAAUUUGAGCGACAGUUCUUAUCUGGUGAAUUAGAAGUAGAGCUGACACCUCAGGGCACCCUUGCAGAGAGGAUCCGUGCAGGUGGGGCUGGAGUCCCUGCCUUCUACACCAGCACAGGGUAUGGGACCCUGGUACAAGAGGGAGGAUCACCCAUCAAAUAUAACAAAGAUGGCAGCGUUGCCAUUGCCAGCAAGCCACGAGAGGUGAGGGAGUUUAACGGUCAGCACUUCAUUUUGGAGGAAGCCAUCACAGGAGAUUUUGCUCUGGUGAAAGCUUGGAAAGCAGACCGGGCAGGAAAUGUGAUUUUCAGGAAAAGUGCAAGGAACUUCAAUCUGCCAAUGUGCAAGGCUGCAGGAACCACAGUGGUGGAGGUUGAAGAAAUUGUAGACAUUGGCUCAUUUGCCCCAGAAGAUAUCCACAUUCCAAAGAUUUAUGUGCACCGCCUAAUAAAGGGAGAGAAAUAUGAGAAGAGAAUUGAGCGUUUGUCACUCCGAAAGGAAGGAGAUGGAAAAACUAAAUCUGGUAAGCCCGGAGAAGAUGUCAGGGAGCGGAUCAUCAAGAGAGCUGCUCUUGAGUUUGAGGAUGGCAUGUAUGCUAACCUGGGUAUAGGGAUACCUCUUCUGGCCAGCAACUUCAUCAGUCCCAGCAUGACUGUUCAUCUUCAAAGUGAGAAUGGAGUCUUGGGCUUGGGCCCAUACCCACUAAAAGACGAAGCUGAUGCAGAUCUCAUCAAUGCAGGAAAGGAAACAGUUACUGUUCUCCCAGGAGCCUCUUUCUUCUCCAGCGAUGAAUCAUUCGCCAUGAUUAGAGGGGGACAUGUCAAUCUAACGAUGUUAGGAGCCAUGCAGGUUUCCAAGUAUGGCGACCUGGCCAACUGGAUGAUCCCUGGGAAAAUGGUGAAAGGAAUGGGAGGCGCUAUGGAUUUAGUGUCCAGUUCCAAAACCAAAGUGGUGGUCACCAUGGAACACUCUGCAAAGGGAAAUGCUCAUAAAAUCAUGGAGAAGUGUACAUUACCGCUGACGGGCAAGCAGUGUGUCAACCGCAUUAUUACAGAAAAGGGUGUGUUUGACGUGGACAAGAAAACUGGGUUGACACUGAUCGAGCUCUGGGAAGGCCUGACUGUUGAUGACAUCAAGAAGAGCACAGGCUGUGACUUUGCAGUUUCUCCAAACCUCAUGCCAAUGCAGCAGAUUUCAACUUGAAGUGUCCAUUGGACAUUUGUCCCAAGCUGCUAAGAUUUCAUUUUCAACACAUGGGAUUUAAAUGAAAGGAUAUCAGUAAUCAACAGUUAUUAUACAUUUAACAAGAAGUUUUGGCUAGUUUUCUUCUAGUAUUUCUGGAUUUGUGCAGCCAUAGACGUUGUUCUCUCCAGUGUGAUGUAUCAGUUCCGUGAAAAAAAACAAAAACAAAAAAAAAAAAAACAAAAAGGAAAACAUUGCAUCGUGAUCUUGUUUCAUGAGUGCUAAGAAGGUUGUCUUUGUCAUUGUUGCUCACAGUGGAUAUAUGUUCAUCUUUUAUGCUAUAUAUAUUAAACCUUGACUUAGCCCUGAAGGAGAAUUUCCACAUGCAUUUGUGAUUAGGUAGAAUACCUUUUUGAUGGCUAUGUAUCUUUUACCUUCCUCUUUUUUUGAGAGAUGCUGGUUAUGCUUGCCUUCUUAGAACAUCCACCUUCCCUCCACACUUCUUACAGCUAAAUAGAUACUCAUGAAGGCAAACAGGAAUGUCCCGGGGAAAAGUGAGCAGAAGAGAGAACGAGACAUAUGCUCUACCAGUGCUGACAUGCCGCCACAUGUUGCCUUUAAAGACAACCAACCGUCUACUUGUGGUGUGCUAUUCCUUUGUAUUCUGAGGACUGUUUCUACAUUGAGCCCCAAUGUUUACUUAUACAACAUCUCUUGACCAAAAAAGAACCAUGGACAGGUUAUCAUGAGUCCUGAAUCACAAUGACAGCAGUAUUUAAAAAGAUGGUGUUCCAAGGUAUUUCCCUUUUAGGCUCUCCAUUCUCCUCAGCAAAGAUUGUAAACACGGAAUGACUUUUUCUACACUACAAUGGUAUUCUCUUAACAAAGUGCUACUACUUUAGCCUUAUCUGUGUGGGGAAAAUGAUGGGAAAGGCUCAUAUCUGAGUAGUUAGCAGACUUUGUGUGGCAGAGUAAACACAGUAGCUUGCAUUUAUCAGGGGUGCUUCCUCAGAAGUAGCCACCAAUCAGACAGUUGCCAGGGGCCAUCACUUCAGGAGCACCCUGGUAUCAGAUGUCUGAGAACCUAGGAUCCUUGAAGCCAGACUGGACAGCUGGUGUCUGAACAGUGAAACGUAUCAUCCUCCUGGCACUAGUUAUAGGCAUUUAUGCGCAUCUUAGGUGAUGGUUGUCAUUGGAAUCCACUCCUCAAGUACAGCCACAGUUGACUUGCACACAAUGCGAAGGGGAGAUAAGCCUUUCCUCCAUAGUACACUCUAUGUAGGACUGCUUAAGAGGAUGGCCACGGGGUUGAAAGCAUCCUCUACCAGUGUUGGUAAGAAGAACCUAUCUUAGAAGGUACAAGGCCCAUGAGAGUACAUGUCAUUGAUAGAGUACACAUUUGAAAAAUGUUCUUAUUGUUGAUAUCCACCUGUCUUCAGAUGCACUUGCUUAUCAUUCCAGUCUGUUACUUUAAGACAAGAGGAUUCUAAGAAUGUUUUAAACUACAAAGCCUGAAUAGACAACUUAAGACUCAAAGAGUGCCAUGAUAUUUUUUAAAAAAUGUGUUAAGUGAUACAAUAAAAAUUGCGGAUUGACAGAGA